CCUGGCAGUAAAGCAGCCAUGGCAAACCUGUGCCCAGGAGAUGUUAUUCUGGCGAUUAAUGGGGAGAGCACAGAGAACAUGACACACCUAGAAGCACAAAACAAGAUCAAAGCAUGCAUGGACCAGCUGCUGCUCUCUGUGAACAGAGCUGAAGGGAAGACCUGGUCACCUCCUGUUCUGGAAGAUGGCAAAGCUCAAGCCUACAGGAUCAGCGUUGAGCCAGAGGCACAGGACAACGGGCCUGCCCAGAGCCGGAGGUCACUGCCCACCAUGGAGAAGCAGCAGAUGCUGAACGUGCAGCACCAUCACCCGCCCCGGCUCCACAGCAGCAGCAGCUCCGAGUCGGCGCUGCCCGCCCAGCUCAGCGGGCUCCACAUCUCCCCAGCCCUCAGCCUCGACCCCUUGAAGUCUCUGUCACGGAACAGGAAUGGGAUUGAUGUGGAGUCAGAUGUCUACAAGAUGCUUCAGGAUUAUGAAAAGCCUGUUUCAGAGCCGAAGCAGUCCGGAUCCUUCCGGUACUUGCAGGGCAUGUUGGAGGCUGGUGAGAAUGGUGAAAAACUCGACAGACUGAGCAACCCCAGGAGCAUCAAGUCCCCAGUGCCCAAGCUCGGCGGGGCCGUGUCUGGGCUGCAGAUGCUCCCCGAGUGCACCCGCUGCGGGAACGGCAUCGUGGGCACCAUCGUCAAAGCUCGGGACAAGCUCUACCACCCCGAGUGCUUCAUGUGCGACGACUGCGGGCUGAACCUGAAGCAGCGCGGGUACUUCUUCCUGGAGGAGCAGCUGUACUGCGAGGCGCACGCCAAGGCGCGCGUCAAGCCCCCCGAGGGCUACGACGUGGUGGCCGUUUAUCCCAACGCCAAAGUGGAACUGGUCUAA